UGUUGAGUCGCAGAGUGAGCGGGGGCUCUGGCUCUGCUCCCCGAGGGACAGAGGGACAACCCUGCGCUGUUGAGCGGGUGUUGGAGGUGGUGAGGGCUCCCCUCGGCCCCCCCAGCCCAAGGCUUGGUGGCAGGAGGUGACGGUUGUCCCUGGGAGGCUGCCGCUGCCCGUCAUCAACCUCUUCUGGGGGGAGCGGGGGCUCCUGGCUGGGGUUGCCUGGAAGUUUGGUCAGUGCUGAACUCAAAUCAAUUCCUCGUCUCUGCUCGGUCAGAACCCAGCACGUUUAUUUUCCAGAGCUGUCCGACAGCGCGUACCUGCCGCGUGGCUUUAGCCGGGCAGUGAGCUGGCGAUGUCUUGAAUUCUUGCGUAGCUCAAAGCCGAAUCAAGCCCGGAUGUUACCAAUGGAUCAGGUACCUUCUGCUUAGAAAAUAAAUGCCUGCGCUUUGCCUGUGGUGGUUUCGUACAGCAGGAGAUGGUUGCUGAGCUGAAACGAAGCCUGCAGCGUGCCCGUAAGUCGCUCUCGUCCUGGAACGCUUCGCGUCCUGCCUUGGCUUCGAUUAGACCCGCGAGAGCCCGUGGGAAGGCUGCGGGGACCCGCUGCGGAGGUGACGGCGAGGGUGCGAAGGGAAACCCGCCGGCAGGCUGGAGCAUCGGCGACGACGGGCGGAAAAGGAACUGGACCCGCUUCACAUCCUGCCUGCCAGGAAUGGCACUGUCUCUUCCACCGAAUCCCCUCGCCUCCCCCUGGCUUCGUGCAGACCAGUUUCCUGCUGGGAGCCCCAGCGGACACAGGGGAUGCAGGAGAAGGCGGCGAUUCACAGCCCGCACGCUUUCUCCAUGCUACUCCGCUGACCUCAGGCCAGCAUCGGAGAGACUCGUCUCGGCCGUGGGCUGCACUGUGCUUUUGACGAUCCCACCGCUGAAGGCCAGCAAAGUUGUCUCCUGGGAAUACAAAACCGGCCCGCAGGAAGGCGUCAUUGUCAAUUAUGCUUUCGAUAGACCCGCCAACACGUCUCGUCCCUACGAGAAUCGCACGAGGUUCAACGAAACGGACUUCUCGCUGCAGAUCGUGCUGCAGCGGGAAGACGACCAGCUGUACCGGUUCAGGUCCGAGUCAGAGGCCACGGGCUGGUUCCAGCUCCGCGUUGUCGAACCGCUGUCCGAGCCAGAAAUUGUGGGCAACUCGUCAGUGAAGGCAGGAGGCAACACCAAACUGGUUUGCAAAGUCCUGGAAGGGAAGGCAGACUUCUACUGGUGGAAGAAAAACGGGGAGCUGCUGCUGGGAAGCGACCACAUCCAGUUCAUUGACAACACCACCCUGUGCAUCGUUAAAGCGUCGAUGAACGACAGCGGCUACUACGCUUGCGUGGUCCGCAACGCAGUCAGCCAGAAUGAAACCUCCUUCCUGCUCCACGUCCAGAACGCUGCGAACGUGGUGCUGCCCGUGAUCCUGGCGUGUGUUGUCGUCGGCUCGCUCGCAGGUGUCUUUGUCUGGUGCAGGAGAAGGGACCGCCCGUGUCGCAGCGGCUGUCGGUAAGGUAGAGAGCUUGAGCGGCUGCGCCCUUGCUGCCUUCCCCCACGGUGCUGGUGGUGGAUGCUGCCUGGGGAGCGCCGGACGUCCGAUGCUGUCCCAGCCUCUUCUGAGCUCAUCUCUGAAUUGCUCAAGCUGCCAAAACCCACAAACGCUUUUCUCGUAAAACACUGGCUCGGACUAUUUCUGUGUCAUCCCGCCCUUGCCCGGGGCCCCUUGCCCAGCCCUGGGGGAGGAGGUGGGCAUGGCCGUGCUCCAGAGCUCCUUACCCCUCCUGGCUUUCUCCAGCGGCCGUGGGGGGCGAGAGCUUGGGGGGGGGGGGGCUGAUGGCUCUGGAAAGAGCCCCCAUCACCGCCGGACAAACGCGUGGUCCUGGGGCUGCCGGGCAGUGCCGCGGUGCCAGCCCCUGCCUCCCCAGGGCUCCUCGCCCUGUGCCGCUGGGCUUGGGACUCGCCUGUGGUCAGGGGCUGCUGCUGUGGGGCUUCUACUCGUUUUGGCCCUCGGAGGGAGGAAAAAGGGGCAGGAUUUUGCUGUUGUGUGCACUGGGGAGUCCAGGAGAUGAGUGGAGCCAGUGGAAGGCGGCAGGGGAUUGGCAGGGUCCGUUCAGACCUCUCAAAUUUACGGGACAAACGCACUCUGUGAUUUAAACUUUAUUUGAUGAGCUCAUUAAGAAAUAUUAGAAAGAAACACAACAAACAGGGGCUCAAUGCCCUUUUGCCCAGGCUAGUCUAUCGAGUUAAUUCACUUACCCUUCGGGUCGUACGGUUUCAUAACUUACAACCCGUGACUCUUCAUGUCCUGCGCCUAUGAGCAAAAGAAAAGACUUGGUUACCUGGCCGAUGGUGAGGGCGCUCGUCCUUCCUCCUCCAUCGCGGUGCGGUGUCUGAGAGCCUGGGCAGUCCCGCUGCUGUUGGAUCCGCUUCAGAAGCUUUUUGGGUGAGCUGAUGCUUUAUAGCCUCCGGCUUGGCGGUUUGGUCUAUACCAUUUCCCUAAGUUGGUGGAUUCCGAGGAAACCGCCAGACAGAAGGUCAUGGCUGCCGCAGACAGCAAGUUGCAGGCGAUCGUGGCUGCGUCACGGCCCUUCAGCUCUUCCUGCCUACGCGGUGCUCUGGGCUUGACCGAAAGGCGCUGCUCCCAGUGUAGGUCAGGCCUUGGCAUGAGCUGGGUUGGCCAAAAUCUAGGCAGGAGUUGAGUGAGCGGUCACGGGGAUGGAGGAGCAGCAAAGCAGUUCUGUUUCAGAAAGCGAACCCCAAAGAAUCCCCUGCGGCCGUCUGCGUCAGAGCCACGACGCAGCCUGGCGUGGCCGACCUAGGGGUGCUCCCCAGCCCGUCUCUUCUGUCCUCCAGCCUUGGGCUCCGGCGGGAUUUGGGGACGUCCCCUCCUCUUCCAAGCCCUGGCCGCCUGGCUCGCGCGCGUGCCGAUGGGAGCUCGUCCUGCCCUUUUGCCGCUCCUGCGGGUGACGGUGGACUUGGUCUGGUUUGACGUGGCCAGGGCAGCCCUGCUUCCAGCCCCUCGUCCUCUCGCCUCCCUUCCCCGGGCCGUUCUGCAAAGCUCUCCUGGGCUUUGCUUGGGGAGGGGUCCUCCUCCUCCCUGUAGCUCCCAUUUCGUAACCUGGGGGCACAACUGGCACCUUCACCCUGGAGAAAACUGGAUGCUGGACCUCCCCAAGUGCCUUGCUGACCGUCGGGUCGGGGCGUUGCACCCAUCUGUCAUUCUGGUGGGGACACCCCCAGGUCCAGCACCCUGUCUGAGCCGGUCCCCAGCACCUCUGCGCGGGCAGGCGUUUUGGGUGCCCCGGUCUAGCUGCUGGAUGGUCGCUCCUCUCCCAGAGCAGCUGAUGGCUUGGGGACCCCUCCUCGCUCCCAGCCAACGGAGAGCGGUCCGGUGGAUGUUUCUGCUGCUGGGUCUCGCUGCGGAGCAGAGGGUUUUCUGGCCGGGGGAGCGGUGGGCUCCCCUCUCCUCGGAGCUAUCCCUUCUCUGUGGAGGAUAGGAGUGCCCCAGGAGAGGCUCAGAUCUGCCCCGGGGCAGUCGCUGAGCUGCUGCCCUUGCUCUUUGCGGGGCAAAUAAAUAGGAAAAUCACGGCAGAGCGAACUGGCUCGUGGCUUGAGCGCCUUGGCCGCCGCCUGCUCACCCUGCUCUGGCAGCGUAGCUCUGUGCCGGGGAGAUAACCAGGAUAUAAAGGGGCCAGCAGCAAAGGGCCGCCCCCCCCGCCCGGGAUUUCAUGUUGCAAUUAAAGCAUUAAAGGAAGCAGAGCAGUUUGGGUGGAGUGAACUAGAUUUCCAGCUCAGUUUUAAGCUGCAACGCGGGUUGUCACGUUCCCUGUUGCACUUGGAGGUAUGCAACGAAUGCUGCCGCUUGUUUUACAAAAAAUACUUUUCUAAACUUUUUGGAGAGUUGUCUGUAAACCAUUUUGGAGACAUUGUGUUAUUUUUAACGUCUGUCGCUACUAAUAAAAGUGCGUGUGUUAUCCCA